UCUCUUACCACCAGGUCCUUAAGGAACGAUACUUUGAUUUAUUUUCCGACUCUCUUGGGUGCUUGAGAAGAACUGUCCCCAUGCUACUAAUGCUGAUGAUUCUGGGCCUUGCUGCCCUCAUUGGUACUUCUGAGAGUCAGACUGGAUGCUAUGGUGUCAUAAACAAGGUUGAUACCACUGGGGCUUCCUGUAGAACUGCAAAAGCAGAAGGCUUACCAUACUGUGGAGUUCGUGCUUCAACAACGAUUGCACAGAAAGACUUACAUACUAUGAACAAUUAUAAAACCAUCAUUAAGAGCGCUGGAAGAAAAAAAUGUGUGGAUCCAGCUGUGAUUGCUGGUAUCAUCUCUCGAGAGUCGCAUGCUGGAAAGGCCCUAAAGAAUGGCACGGGUGAUCGUGGAAAUGGAUUUGGUUUGAUGCAG